GGGCAACCAAGCUCAAUCAACCAACCACAUCAAGCAAAUUGAAGGAAAACGAGGAAUGGCGAUAUCAAACUAUUACGAAGUCUUAUCACUCCAAUUCGACCCCAACUUAACGGCUGAAGAGAUUCGGACGGCAUACAAGAGGGCCUCUCUGUUGACUCAUCCGGAUCGAAACCCGAAUCUAAGCGAAGCUGAACGCCGUAUCGCAACUGAAAAUUUCCAAAAAGUUGCAGAUGCGUAUUACAUACUUUCAAAUCCGGCCAGAAGAAAAGAAUACGAUCAGGUCUUCAGAGCUCAGCAACAGUCAAACUCCAACUCAGAGCAUCAACAUCAAUCAACCGAUAACCCCUUCAGCGAUCCUUUUCAGUUCUUCAAAAACUUCCUGUUCAAUAACAGUCAAGGCUCGGCGAACAAUUCAACCCAUCAAGGCCAAGGGAAUCAAUCUAGACCUGAUCCAGAAGCUACUUUUGCCGAUGUUUUUGAAGAUCUGUUAAAACCAGAGAUCGAACGAACUGCAGAGACGAAAACGACGAAAUGGAAAUACCUAGGCGCCGCAUCUGGGGGUACACUAGGGUUUAUUGUGGGCAAUUUACCAGGUCUAGCGAUCGGAUCUCUUGCUGGAAAUCGACUGGGUGCUAUCAGAGACGCCAAAGGCAAAUCGGUCUGCGAGGUCUUCUCCAGCUUAGAAACUAAUCAAAAAACUUUGAUCAUCAAGGCUUUAGCUUUAAAAGUUCUCGGAUACGCAUUGACUUAAGUAGACGAAGCUAUCGAUCCAGGCAACAAGACACGCAUCAGUAUGACCAAAUCGGUUCAAUCAUCCAAUACCUUAUCUUCUUCUUCUUCUCUCUCCUCCCUUUCUUCGAUUUUGAUCCGUGUAGCUUUUGGGAAUCGUACAGCCUUUGGGGACUUUGAUACCUCCUGCUUUUCAUCCUUUCUCGAUCAGAUGUGGAUGGUCGACUUGUUUCAUGAUCAAGAUCCAAUAGUUAGUCUAUCUAUUAUAAACAUGUUGUAGUUCAUUAUCCCCGGAUUUCUUUCAUGGUGCGGUGUAAUUGUAGAUACAUGAACUGAUUGGAAUCAUACUAGUGUAGCACAUUCAACCUUAGUCUUCAAUGACCAGGCAAGGAGGGACUUAGUUAGGUUUGGGGUGUCAUGGGGUUACUCUCCAUAUGUUGCUCCACUUUUUACUGUUAUGUUAAUGUCAUUUUAUUGUCACACUUGC